AUGCCCCAGAGUGCUAGAACUGCCCAGACUCUAACUCUCAUUGUUAAACGUCAGAACUCUAUUAUAUCUCACCCUAACCAACAAACCAACCUUACUAUCUCUAUGGCUGUCAAGUUAACCGUGAACUAUCUCGCGCCGGAGGCCCUGUGGGAAGAUACCAAGCCGUACGAGAUAACGGGCAAUGUCUCUGCUGACGUGCCGAGGACCAAUUUCAGGUUUGAACCUCGCGCGGUUGAGGUCCAGGACGCCAGAGCCCUCCCAGCGGAAGUCUCGUUGAGCACCCAUGGCUUUGAAUGGGUGACGCAAACGACAACGAAAGACUUCAAGACGGAUGGUAGCGUAACUCGGUAUGUUAACGAGUUGGAAGAAUUUAUUCAAGAUCAUUUCAAGGCCGACAAAGUUUUGACAUUUCAAUACCAGGUGCGCAAACGGCGACUGGAUCGACUGGACCCUCGCAUUCGCCCACAAAGUAACUUUGUUCAGACGUUUCGCCUGCGGGAGCAGAGGCUCGCAUUCGUUUCAACUAUCCCGAUGUUGCAGGGAUAUUCUUCGUUGGCGACACAUGCUACUGAGCCUCUGAAGGCCCCUAUUUCCCCCCUACGAGACUACCCACUGGCACUUUGCGAUGCGCGCUCUGUCGUUGACAGCGACCUUGUCGAGAGUGACUACAUCUAUCCAGAUUUCGUGAGCGAGUCAUUUCUGCUCAAGCACUCCCCAGAUCAUAAAUGGUUCUACCUCUCCGAUCAGAGCAAGGAUGAGUUGCUUGUUAUUACCAACUACGACUCAGCCUUCAAAACGCGUUAG